UGGACGGGGCUGAGCUGGAGUCUCUGCAGUUUAUCAAUGAUUCAUCCACAAUCUCCAAUGUGAAGCUGCAAAAGCAAGGAUUGCAUCUGCAAUGUCCCCUGACGGUUACUGGUGCGAUAUGGGGAGUUACUAAGUUUACUGAUGCAUUCUUUGUUUAUUCGGUAUUGAUUUAAAACAAAAUUAAGGAAAUUACUACCCUCCCAUCCACUGCCAGCCGUUUUCAUUCACAAAAUUACGCAGAAUCCGCCACUGUGCGCCCUCACGCCAAGCAACACUGCAUCUACAAAGCAGAGCAUCCCCCAUUGCACCUGGGUGUUAGCGAGGCUAGUUAUCAUUCUGGGGACGUUUAAAGCGCUGGAAAUCUGAUUGAGGAUCGAGGGGAUUGAGUCCAAUGGAGCGCCGGGUCUCACUCGGCCGGAAUGCUGGAAGUCCCGCUUCCGUCUUCCAACCCUUUCUGGACGGCCGGCUACCCUACGGCAGAUUGCAGCACACCACCAUCCUCCCCAUGGACCAAAUGAAGCCCAACCGGCUGGAAAACGAUUAUGUGGAAAACCCUAUUGCCGCCCAACCCGGCAGGAACGCCAACCCCCACAGCCGGGCGUCCCAGCAGGAACCGACAGCCCUCAGUCACCGCGACCAGGGGUGUGAGCACCAUGAACUCCCCCAGCACCCUGCCCUGUCCUGGAACUCCCUGACGGGCAGACCCAGCUCCAUCAGCAGCAGCAGCAGCACCUCCUCGGACCAGAGGCUCUUGGACCACGCGGUGCCGCCACCGGUGGCCGAUCAGCAGGACUGCCAGAGGGCCGUUCGAACGCAGCCCAAAUCAUCCGCCUCCGAAACCAUCGACCUUAAAGAGACCUCCACCCACGGCCAGGAGACUGGCAAGCAUAUGUUGCUGUGCGAGGGCUGCGGGAAGUGUAAGUGCAGCCAGUGCACCUCACCCAGAACUCUGCCCUUCUGCUGGGUCUGCAGUCAGAGGUGCCUGUGCUCCCCCCAGAAAGUUGUCAACUAUGCCACCUGCAUGUGUCUGGUAACAGGGAUUUUCUACCAUUGCACCAAUGACGAUGAUGAAAGAUCCUGUGCCGAUCACCCUUGCUCCUGUUCCCAAUCUAACUGUUGUGCCCGCUGGUGUUGCAUGGGUGCCAUGUCUGUGUUUCUGCCUUGUUUGCUCUGCUACUUGCCUGCUACUGGAUGUGUCAAACUCUCCCAGAAGUUUUACGAUACUGUAAGCCGUCCAGGAUGCCGCUGCAAGAAUUCCAACAGUGUGUACUGCAAGGUUCCAGAGGUGUCAUCCUGCAGUGGGGAGAAGCCGUCCUGAUGUGGGGAGUGUGUGAUGUGGUUAAUGGAACUAUAAUUCACACCCGUACUUUUCUAGUUCAGCCCUUUGCAAGUCCCUGCUUUCAAAAAAUGACAUGGUCUGUUCAGUAGUGAGUGGGUAAAUCCUACCCAUCUUUCUGAAAUGGACAUAAUACAUAAUUAGAGGAAACUUUUAAGAAGCAGUUAAGCAUGGGGGUUUUGCAAAGUUGUUUAGAAAUUCAUACCUUUUAUUGUUGAUAUUUGGAGGGUGUUCCAUUCAAAAACUGAACGUUUUUUUUUUGAGGAGUGAAAUGGGCAGAAAUAUAAAUCCUAAACAGGUUAAGUAACCACCUUGAAUUCUCACCAUGUAAUAUGUUGGCUGAGAUCAUCCUGGUGGACUUCAGGCCGAUUGCUAAUGCCAACAUUUCUUACAGUCUGCUCUGCUUUUUUUUGACAUGCCACACAGAAUUUGAUGAGAUGCAUUUCUAUAUGUUCUAGGGUUACGGAAACCUCGUGGCAGUAACUGCACACAUCAGGUCUUUUUUUUUGCAAUAUGAUCGAUAGCAAAUAUUCCUCUAAACUUCUUAGAUCACGUGCAUUACCCAUUAGGUGAGAUCUAAAAUCUUGCUCCAUCUUGUGCCAAAGGAGUCUGAGAAAAUAGCAUUGAAAGCAAAAUAAGCCAAAUUAUAUUCGCUGCAAAAUUCAGUGUACUAGUUUGCAGACUGGAUGAAGUCAUAAUAAAAUCUUACUAGACGCUUUAGAUUAGAAUCUUGAAGCAAUACAGUAAAGAAUUUUUUUGUGUCUUUAGGUAAGAUUUCCCACUCUCUACCCAAUGGGCUAUUUAAGCUUUUGAUGUGUUAACUCUUUUUGAUUUUAUACAACAGAAUGUUAUUUCCUGAAUGCUAGAAAGGCUCCAUGGUUUAUGUGUUUGAAAAAAUAUUUUUGCGUGCGUCAUAUGCCUGCAACAAAACUUCACACUUCCUUUUUAGUCCCGAUGAAGCCUGAUUUCUUGGUCUCUGUGUCAUGAGAGUUUCUUAACACAUCAGCAGUGCCACUGGUUAACGGGAUUAUUUCAUUAGGUGUGAGAGAUUUUUGUUUCACAAGAACUGCAGGCAUGAGUAGAUGACAAUGGCUUUUUUCAAACUAAAAUAAACUACAAAAGUAACCGCUAACAAUGCAAUUAAAAAGUUAUUACUAUAUAAAAGUAAUAAUAAUUUACAAUUAUUACCCUGACUAUAAACAUAUAUAAGGAGGGAGUAAAGGCACAUGAUAUGAUGUCUUUGCAUUAUUUUAAAAAAUUACAAUUGCCCAACAAUAUAUGAGUUUAGCCCUUGAAGUUGCAUGUUCAAAGGUAUGUGUAGCCCUAUAGUUUAACCAUGCAGCUUUAAAGGAGUACUGUGCACGGUAGCAAGAAUUGGCAAUAUUUGCACCUGUUAAACUAGGAAAGCUGUGUAAGACCUUGUAGUAAACAGGCUAAGGAGGGUGAUUGGAAUGUCUUAUAAUAAAAGGAAACUAAGAAGCAGAAAAGCAACAAUUGCAAUGCUUAUGACAAAGACAAGGAAAAUAUUUCUACCCAAGCCUGUCUCUAUAGAAUUCACUUCAGUCAUUUCCAUAUUUAUGUAAUAUCCACAAGAUCUUCAUGCCACUGUUGUUCCUAAAUAAUAAAAUCGAACAUUUUUGAAUGAAAUUUUAAAAAUAUACUAGUUAGUAAAAUGAGAUUUUUUAAAAAAAACUUUAGUUUAUCAUUUGAAACUCUUGCCAUUUUAACAUCUACUGAACGAAAACGAUAAGUGAGAACAAUUAUUGAGAAAUAAUCAUAUUAGCAACUCAUGCCAAUAUUUAUUCUGCUUAGAAAACUAGAAAUAAAUUGGGACUAAACUGAACAAUGACUUGAUGCUGAUAAUAUUACUGGAUCAUGGAACUUAGAUCAUGUAGUACACAGGGAUUGGAGUACAGAUGUUUUUUAGAGAAUUGCAUAUACAUACUUUUAAUGAUCUUACCAUCAUAUCUUUAAUAAUUAUUUAUUGAGAAGCUCUACAAAUGCAGCUUAAAAUGUUAAUGAAGCUGGUUAACUCGUGAGCAUUGCAGCCCUCCUUCCAAUUCUCCUCUAAAUAUUGCUGGCAACUGAAGCAAACCCAACAUUCACAAUAUCUGAUGUGAUUGCCCACAGGGGACGGAACUCCAGUUUCCAGUCCAGCAUGACUAAUGGAAACAGGAUGUUCAGGGCCAACCAGAAUAGUGAUCAGCAAAAGAGGAUAGAAUAUGUCUCCAGUGAUGCUGCACUUACUGCUCUUCUCACUCAGCAAGGGCAGCCUGCAGUUGCAGUGUUAGUAAGAGCUGGGUUCUACCACGCAUUCAAAGGAGAGAUAGUGCAGUAUCGCAGUGCUGAACAUGAAUGUUGAAAGAACAAAGCAGCUAGUCUGAAUGGAGGAUAUGGAAUGACAGUUUCACUAGCCUGGUAUUCCAUAGACAAGUCACAGACAAGUGUUUUGCCUCUUUGUUGCUGAUUCAGUUUAUCCAAAACUGCCGGCCUGUUGUAAUUCCAUUCGCAAAGGAUAAAUGUGUAUUGUGUGAUGUUUUCUUUGACACGAGUACAGGGGGGAGAGGUCCAAGGAUCUGUUUGUCCUUUAUCUUAUCCUCCUCAUACACACUCCCCUUCUGUCUCAGUCAUCCCUAAUAUGUAUGCACAAUGAUAAUUCAAACUCAAAUUGAACCAGACUGGUGUGCUAUUUGUACAGGUGCCUACAAGCAAUGUAGGUUACACAUAGUUUAACCAAGUCUUGAUUUCACAAUUCUCAUCCUUGUUUUCAAUCUCUCCAUGGCUUUGCCCCUCACUACUUCUGUAAUCUUUUCCAGUCCUGUAACCCUCAGAGAUACCUGUGCUCCUUCAAUUCCACCCUCUUAAGCAUCCCUGAUUUUAAUUGCUCCACCAUUGAUGGCUGUGCCUUUAACUGCCAAGGACUAAAACUCUGAAGUUUCCUCUAGAAACCUCUACAUCUCUACUAUUCUUUCCUUCUUUAAGAUGCUCCUUAAAACCUACCUCUUUGACCAAGCUUUUGGUCAUCUGUCCUAAUAUCUCCUUAAGUGGCUCUGCAUCAAAUUUUGUUUGACAACGCUCCUGUGAAGCGCUUUGAGCCAUUUUACUCUGUUAAAGGCGCUAUAUAAAUACAUGUUGUUUCUGGAUUUCUGUUUAAUGUAAAGUGGAAAUUGAAUGUAGGCACUUGUGUUGAAUUGUAUUUUUCUCAUCUGCCUAGCUCAGUUUGGUAUUGCUGUUCCCUGAUAUGUGUCGCUGUUUGUACAUGUGCAUAUAAGGCCAAUUCAGCCUUGUAAGUAUUGCUCCAUUCUGUUGAAUGUAACAUGCAGCUGUGGACCCUGUGCAAGUUCCAUAUGUGUAAAUGCAGUAGUUCUAAAGACUGGUAACUUUGUUUUAAAUCCAUCCCGUUGGCUGAGAAGUUCUUCUGCUCCUAAGUCCUGCAGUGUAGUGGCUGUUUUCUUGGUACAGUGAUUCGAAUAAGGCACUUUCUAUAUGUAUAAAAUUCUCCAAGAGAAGGAAUUGAUUGAAACUGACCCAAGUAAAACCAGCUAGAAGCUUGAUGUAUUUUGGUAUGCUUUUGUCACACCAACAUCAUUAGACAUUGAGGGCAAAACUUGGGUCAUUUGAUCAUGACCUUUCUAUCAACAAAUAAAUGAGAGGGGUGGUGUGCCUGCGCCAGACUCUUGAUAUGUAAAGGAUAUAUGUACUACCAUCCACAGGCUUCCCCAACCAUGUCAGUUGUGAUUAGUUCAUAGGAAAACGGGUUUGAUGGACAAUGGUAGGAGCCCUACUGAGGCAGUGUGAAAACAACUUUCCUGAUUGAUUGCUAAAGACUCAUGCUGGAAAUGCUCAUGUGUGGAUAUUGAUUGGAAGCAGGGUUGGGAUCACCUUAAGAUGCCCCUCACCUCAUCAAAGAUCCUACUCAACCCUCUGUCUAGGCUUAAACAUGACCACUUGGGAGAGGUACUAGAAGGCUACCAGUGCCCAUGGAUCCAUACCUCAGUAUAAGAGAAGGAGAGAUGGCUUAAGCAGGUUGUAAAGAAAGCAGUAGAAAAUUGACCUAAUUUUCUUCUGUAAUAUCGUGAUCAAUAUUUGUGAGGAUUCUUUUCCUAAACCUUUACUGUACCACCAAAAUAAUCCAAUUGCAUGAGGGCAAGAGAGAGAGAGAGGGGAAGAAUUAUUGUAUAUCCCUGCUGAAUUCCAGAAAUUUCAACCAAGUUGGCACCUACCAGAAUCUCCAUUUGUGUGGUACUCUUUAAGACACAACUUGAGUAAUUGUGAACUUCAUUGAAAUUCAUGCUAUCAGUACCAGUCAUUACAAUUUCCUGUUCAUGUUUAACUUGGCACCUUUGUGUUAACAUGAAAAGCUGUGUAGAGUUCUGUUUCUGAUUCUGUUGGAAAAGGGUUCUUGUAAGAAUAUUUAUUUGAAGGUUCUAUUUUAUAGUAUUUAUUUUAGAAUUUCUCCUGUUGUGAGAUUUCCUUGAUUGUGUAAAAUGAGGGGAAAAAGUGAUGUAUGUAUGAAUCAGAAAAAAAUAUAUUGAUGAUAAAAAAAAAUGCUCUGGU